AUGUUGUUGAGAGUGACAGAUUGUGAGAAACAAAAAUUCUUUUUGAGGAUAUACUCGUGCGAGUCACUGAGCGAUUGCGGCGAGGUAGGUGGAUUAGCAGGUGAUGAGGAAACAGGCGAUGUUUUCUACCUCAUUCGUAAUGCAAACGGUUCAACUAGCUUAUACGCACUUAAUCAGGAUGUGCGAUCGCCAUACCUCAUUGCUUCUUCUGAAAACUUUCCCAGGCUACAACAGCUAAUUGUGGUCAAUGAGAAGUUUGCUUUUGUUACGGAAUCUGGUGAAAUGGGUGUGUGUGAUAAAAAGCUUGGCUCACUGAAUAUCAACUUGGCUCUCAGGAACGUAGGAUUAGUUCCGAGGUACAAUUUUGGAUCAGUCAAACGAAUCAACUUCACACGAGAACUCGCUGCGGAUGAAUCGAGUGCCAGAAAGACGCUCACUUGGGCCACUGAACCAAUGUUAACUAGGGGCAAAGUCAUUUUCAAAAUUACCCUUUAUGAGGAUCAGUGGGGUGGUGAGCGUUUUGUGGAUUAUUCAUUGUCGCACAGCUACACGAUCAGCGAAGCUCUGCUCCGUCAGUGGCAGUCUAGGCAACGCUAUGAUGCCGAAGUAGAAGCGAUAACUGCAGGAGACAUAGUAUCAAUAAACCAGACAGGCCUCAUCGCUCCGACGAAGCCACCGACACCUCCAACAAACAUUACCAUCUACGCAACACAACAGGUCAUCUUUGUAUUGGAAUUCAAAUAG